CUCUCCGAUUGGACCUCGUUCCGGAAGUGUUUAGUGGCGGCGUAAACAACGCCAGCAGUGUGAUUCUCAGCCAUAAAGUCACACAAACUAGAUAUAUUUAUGUUUAUAAAGCAGGACUAUGACCACCACACUUGAUAUAUAUCUGCCUGCUUCACAAAUGUACCGCAACCCGUUAGAAGUUGUCUGAUAGUUGGAAAGGAGCGAGAGAAAUGGAGUGCGUUGUGACGGGCGGAAAUGUGAAAGUGUUCGCCAAAGCCAUCCACUCGCUGUCCAGGGUCGGCGAUGAGCUGUACGUGGAGCCCGAAGACAAGGGGCUUGCCCUGCGGUCUGUCAACUCAUCUCGGUCGGCUUACGCCUGCUUCCUGUUCACGCCGCUCUUCUUCAGCAGAUACACCACACCCGGCGGGGAUGUCUUCCGCUGCAAAAUGGCAAUAAAGAGUGUGGCGGCAGUCUUCAGGUCCCUGGCGUCUCUGGAGAAGACGGUAGAAAAGUGUCACAUCGAGCUGGACAAGCGAAAGGAUCGACUUACCUUCACGCUGCAUUGCAAACACGGUCUCUUGAAGACGCACAACCUGUCUUUCCAGGACAGUGAGAGCUUACAGGCGGUGUUUGAUAAGGACAACAGUGCCAACACGUUUCGAGCCAAUCCUAGGCUGCUGGUGGACACAGUUGUGCAUUUCCCUCCUUCCCUGGACGAAGUGACUCUUUCAGUCACUGAUGAAAGAAUGUGGUUUAGGAACCAUGUGGAUGAAGGUUUAGAGCAGUCCAAGGCCAUGCUGACGGAGCUGUGUCUGGCCUCCGAUGAGUUUGACCAUUUUGCCGUCCAAACUCACAACAGCAUCACUUUCUGUCUGAAGGAAUCCCGGGGUCUGUUACUUUUUGCAGAGUCGACAGGUCUCCCUAUUUCUAUAUACUUUAAUGAGCCGGGCAGCCCUCUCGUGCUCUCAGUGACUGACAGCGUACUGGAGGGCAACUUUGUGCUGGCCACACUUUCAGACGACACGAGAAACUCCACAAAAAGAGGGCGCUCCCCCCCGCCGCCUCUUCCUCCUGACGACUUCAUGAACGACGACAUGGAUGCCUACCUCAUCGCCAUGGAUACCAGCAUUGCACCGGGUCCGGCUGAAACUGACCCUACCCUUUCUAAACGGCACAAUGUAGCCGACCACAGGUCAAGACUGCACGGUCCAGAGGAGGAGGAAACGGCAGAAGAAGAUGGACCCCCAAAUAAGAAGUUCUGUUCCCUGCUCUUCGGAUCAGUGCUUCCCCCAUCCUCUCAGACCACCACUCAGCCGAUGAGCGGCCAAGAGGUUCUGGCCAGUGACAGUGGAGACGACACUUAGGUAGACCGACCGAUGGACGAUAAAACAAUCUGUUAUUAUAAGUCAUCAACUUUGCAUUUUUAUUUUUUUUUUAUUUUGGAGAAAAUAAGGCUAAUAGCAACCACCAUGCACGAGUGUCAAAACAAAGUUAUUUCCUUUUUUAUUAUUAUUAUCAUUGGUGUACAGUAGGCCUGGGCAAUUAUUUUGACUCAGGGGCCACAUUUAGAAAAAAAAAUGUGUCUGGGGGCCGAUAUAUGUAUAUCUAUGUAUGUAUAUACCCUAUUUCCUUGAAUUGCCGCCGGGUAUAUAGUAUGCGCCUGCCUAGAAUUACUACCGGGUCAAACUCGUUAAGCAAAAUAAUUACCGCCGGCUCAGGAUUAAAACUCGUUUCGCAAAAUAUUAUUUUUACUAACGCAUGUCUAGAAUUUCCGCCAGGUCAAACUUGUUUCGCAAAAUAAUUAGCAUAUGCCUAGAAUUUCCACCGGGUCAAACUCGUCACGUCACGAGUGACAUUUCACCUGUCAUCAUUUUCAAAAUGGAGGAGGCUGAUUUCAAUAAUUUGAAAUCGCAUAAAGGGAAGAAGAUUAAGAGCUAUUCAGUAGGAUUUAAGGUCCAAGCUAUUGUAUAUGCUCAAAAGAACAGUAAGCAGCUAUGUUUUAUUAAUAUACCGUAGCUGCGUGUGUCAAAUAUGAGUCAUUAAAUGACUCCUGCCUCCUGGUGGUAGAGGGCGCUAGUGAUCUUUCUUGCGACAACUCGGCUGCAGAAGAAGUGACAACAAGCAGCAAGAGUGAGCAACGAUCGUUUAUUUUUUCCUCUCGCUUGCACUUUUAACAUGGAGGAUUACAUAUCUAAAAUAAAACAGUUUUCUUUCAAUCGAAGCAGGAGGUAAUAAAGGAAGAUCUCCAUCUAGACAAAGAGACUUUUAAAACUGAAGAAAGAUAAGGAAGACUUCUAUAAACAAGUUAUCGAUGCUUUUGAUCAGAAGGAGCUGCGCAUGGACUUCAUUUAUAAGUAAAGGUAAGACCAUAAUAAUGUUUUUUUAUUAAAUGUGCUUUUCAUGAUGGUAUCCUUACAUCACACUCAAAUUUAUAAGCGCAGGCCUAAAUUUACCACAUGCCUUUGGUAAACGCCGGAGUGAGAAGAGGUUUAAAUUAAUUAGCGUCCCGGCGACAAUUCAAGGAAAUACGGUAUAUAUAUAAAUAUACGCACACGCACACACAAACAUAUAUAAGCUGUGACAAUCUGCUGUCCAAUAUGUGUGUUUGGGUCCUAUUUUUAGGAAAACCAAUAAAAAACACACAUUAAUGCCUGA